CCCCCCCCCCCCCCGGAUCCUGACGCUGUUUCUUGUUUCUUGCUGUUUUCUCCCGCAAAUUAUUAUGGCAAGGGAAAGAUUAUAUUCUUCUUCCCCUUUUGCUUUGCCGAGCCCAAAAGGCUGAAGCUUUUGCGUUCUUCCCCACAAAUAUCUGGAGCCAUGCCUUUUGUUUUGCUUGGCCAUGGGGUGAAAUAGUAUGUGGGAUGGCCACCAAUUGGCAUGCUGCCCUUUUUUCAUCCCUGCAGCUGCAAGAGGCCUUCUUUUUAGAUCUGUGCCUUCCUCUUCCUGGCUGCCUUCUUUGGGUUUGCUCACAGCACACACAAGCCAUUUUACUGCUUGGAGGCUGCCACUUUUAGUAUCCCUGGCUCUUGAGUGAUCUCCAAGGGGAGGGGGAGGGGACUGAUGGGGGAAUGCGAGGACGCGGAGGAGUACAGGUGCUGGGAGGAGCUUCUGCCGGACGCGCUGGGCCUCAUCUUCCGCAACCUGCCGCUCCAGGAGGUGCUCACCGUCCUGCCGCGGGUUUGCAAGUCCUGGGGCCGGGUAGUCGCCGGCCCCUACUGCUGGCAGGAGAUCGACAUCGAGGAGUGGAGCCAGCAGCAGAGCAAGCCGGAGCAGAUCGGCCGCAUGGUCGAGCUGCUCGUCGGCCGCAGCGGCGGCUCGUGCCGCCGCAUCAGCGUCUCCGGGCUGCCCUGCGACCCGCUCCUCUCGUUCAUAGGAGACCACGCACGAGCUCUUCGCGCCCUGGAGAUUCCACGGAGUGAGAUCAGCGACUCGAUCGUGGAAACCGUGGCUCCCCGGCUAUCCAACGUCACUUUCCUGGACAUCAGCAGCUGCACCAAGAUCGGGGCUCGCGCCCUGGAGGCCUUCGGCAAGCACUGCAAGUCCCUGGUCGGGCUCCGGCGGGUGAUGCACCCGAUCGACCUGGUGGACAAGGAGUGCCAGCACGACGAGGCCCACGCCAUCGCGUGCAGCAUGCCCAAGCUUCGGCACCUGGAGAUGGGGUACAUGCUGAUCACGACGGAGGCGGUGGCGGAGAUCCUGGGGCAGUGCCGCGAGCUCAAGUUCCUGGACCUGCGCGGGUGCUGGGCCGUGGACGACAAGUUCCUGCGGGAGCGCCACCCGGGGCUGCGCGUGCUGGGCCCGCGCGUGGAGGACUGCUACGAGAACAGCUACUGGGAGGAGUGCUCCGACUACUCGGACGACGACUCGUCCAUCUACUCGUGGGAGUUCAUGGACGAUGCCGACGGCUACUACACCGUCGGCAGCGACGACGAGGCCAUCUGGGACGACGGCCAGGGCCUCGAGAACCUCGAGGUCAGGUUCUACGGCGGCGGAUUCAGCGAGAGCUUCGCCGGCUUCGACUGGCCACCGUCGCCGUGAGAUGAUUGCAGCAGUUAGAUCUUGCUUGCUUCUACUCCGUGUGCGCGUGUGCGUGUGUUGUUCCUGAGCUUGCAGAUAUGUUGCAGUACCGAGUCUGCGACAUCACUACUCCCUCUCCCUCUCCCUCUCCCUCUCCCUAGCUUGCAGAUAUGUUAAGUGGACUGCUAAUAGUACAAUCUGGAUGUAAACUCUGGUGUUUACAUGAAGCAAAUCAACAUGCACCGGUGGCGGUGAGAUUUCACCGUGCCAUUCUAGAGAAAAACACAAA